AUGCAAGGAUCUGUAUUUUGUGGAGAGAUCCUGACCUACACAUCAUAUGAGGGAGGAAGUGUGAACAUCAGAUGCCCAUAUAAUGCUAAAUACAAAGACAACACAAAAUAUCUCUACAGAGGAAAAUAUUACACAAGACUACUGUCUGGAAAUAAAGAUAUACCCAUUGAGUCUGGAGUGCCACCAAAAGAUCAGAGAUUCUCUUUAAAUGAUAACAAAAGAGACAAUUUUUUUACUAUUACUAUCACAGAUCUACAAGAAGCUGAUGAAGGACAAUACUGGUGUGCUGUGAAAAGAUUGGCUAUGGAUGACUACAGCGAGGUCUUGUUAUUGUGUGAUGUGUGUACUGUAUGUGAUUUCAAUGUUAUCAGCUGUUUUUAUGCUCAAUUCUCUUAUUUGUCCUCUGAUUUAGUGUCGCAUGUGUCUGGUGUAAAAGGAGAGCAGCUGUCAAUCAAAUGCCUUUACGAUUAUGGUGUCAUCAAUAAUGACAAAUUCUUUUGCAAAGGAGAAGAUUCGACUUUCUGUGAAACAUCUGGUGUCAAAGUUUCAAGAGGGAAAAAUACAAACGGUAGAUUCUUUCUGAAUGAUGACACAUCUGCAAGAGUUUUUACUGUGAUCAUCACUGAUCUGACAGAAGAGGAUUCUGGGAUCUACUGGUGUGGAAAUGUACCGAAAGGAUCUCAACCAGCACAUGAGAAGUGGAUUUCAGUAAUCAAUCUGACGACAUCUGAAGCUUCAAUCACAUCAGAGAGGACAUCACAUACACCAACAACAGAUUCAAUUUACAGCACCAAACCAGCAUCUACUGAUUCUUCAUCCAGACCGACCAUAUCAUCAUCAUCACCUUCAUCUUCACUGAGCUCAUUGUCAUCAAAACCACAGUCAAGUUUAAUGUGGAUCGUGAUUCUGUUGUUUAUUGCGAUGUUGAUGUUGUGUGGAUUCCUCAUGUUUAUUUACUUCAGGCGGAGUAAAACAAACAAAGGAUUGCAGCUCAGUGGUGUCACUAGUGGCUCAGAUGAGAAUCUGAACAAUGUACAGUUAAGACAAACCAGAGUCUCUGUCUGUGAUCAUAAGGAAAUUCAGCUCACAAAUGAUCAUUCUGACUUUAGUUUGGCCUCUCCUGUAUCUGGUGAAGAUGAUGCUUCUGUUACUGUAGCACAAUAUAUCUUCUGUGAUGAUCUCAACUAUUCCACCAUCAGAUUUACAGACCAUUCAGACAAAACUUUUCCUGAUGGACAAAUAUCAAGUGAUUAUGCAACUGUUCUUCUCUACAAGAUUGUGGGCAUCCAUAAGGAAGCCCACAGAUCAACAAUAUUCCGUUUUAAAUCUCAAAAGUAAUGUUACUCCUCAAGUCUCCCUCUGUAUUCUGAUUUACAUGCUACUGUACAAUCUGGCUUUUUGUUUUCUGAUUAUAUUUGGAUAUUUUGAACAAGAGCAUGGUAUACAUUUCAAGUUAGCAUUAAUUUAACAUCUGUUGAGUUAAAGAAGCAAAUACAAUUGUCAUACUUUCUGAAUAUGUAUUUAAUUCUUUAUGUAACACUAUUCAGUUAUGACUAGAGCACCAGUUAUUCUACCAUAAAGACUCAGAAGGCAAGUGAACGUUUGAAUGACAUUUAUUACAUGUUAAAUUAAAAGACAGAAAUUCGAAUCAGUCUCAAAAUAAAAGAGAUGCUUGAGUCUCAUAAGAUUUUGGCAUAUGCCCCGCCUUUCGUCC